GGGGCAGGGAGAGGAGAGAGAAAGAGAGAGAGAUGGGCGUGGCGACGGUGACAGAGCUGAAGCAGAGCAUCUCCGGGAAGAGGACGUUCCGGCCGAGCCUCAUCAGCCGCCACGCCAAUGAGUGGCCGCCGACCGACGUCUCCAGCGACCUCACCGUCGAGGUCGGCACGUCCAGCUUCGCCCUCCACAAGCUGUUCGCGCAGUUCCCGCUGGUCUCCCGGAGCGGCAAGAUCCGGCGGCUCGUGGCGGAGGCCAAGGACGCCAAGCUGGCGCGGCUGAGCCUGCACGGCACGCCCGGCGGCGCGCAGGCGUUCGAGCUCGCCGCCAAGUUUUGCUACGGCGUCCCCGUCGACGUCACGGUCGCCAACGUCGCCGCGCUCCGCUGCGCCGCGCACUACCUGCAGAUGACCGAGGACUUCUCCGACAAGAACCUCGAGGCCCGCGCUGAGGCCUUCCUCCGCGACGCCGUGCUCCCCAGCAUCGCCAGCUCCGUCGCCGUGCUCCGCAGCUGCGAGGCGCUGCUCCCGGCCGCCGAGGACGCCAACCUCGUGUCGCGCCUCAUCGCCGCCAUCGCCGGCAACGUGUGCAGGGAGCAGCUCGCCUCGGGCCUGUCCAAGCUGGACCAGUGCGCGCAGCUCGUCAAGCCGCCGGCCGAGCUCGACUCGCCGGGCGAGUGGUGGGGCAAGUCGGUGGCCGGCCUCGGGCUCGACCUGUUCCAGCGCCUGCUCUCCGCAGUCAAGGCCAAGGGGCUCAAGCAGGAGACAGUGACGCGGAUCCUCAUCAACUACGCGCACAACUCGCUGCACGGGCUCAUGGCGAGGGACGAGCACGGCGGCGCCGGCGCCAGGUGCGGAGCGGACGCUGACGCUAUCAGGAAGCAGCGCGCCGUCGUGGAGGCCAUCGUGAGCCUGCUCCCGGCGCAGUCGAGGAGGAGCCCCGUGCCGAUGGCCUUCCUCUCGGGGCUCCUCAAAACGGCGAUGGCGGGGUCCGCGUCCAGCAUCUGCAGGGCCGACCUCGAGAAGCGGAUCGGCAUGCAGCUGGACCAGGCCAUUCUGGAGGACAUCCUCAUCGCCGCCGGCGCCGGCGCUGGGGCCGCCGCGCCGGGCGGCCAGCAGCAGCACGGGCUGUACGACACGGACGUGGUGGCGCGCAUCUUCUCGGUGUUCCUGAACCUCGACGACGACGCCGAGGAGGACGGCGGCGGGUUCGACUACGACAGCCCGCGGUCCCCGAAGCAGAGCCUCCUGGUGAAGGCCGCCAAGCUGCUCGACAGCUACCUCGCGGAGGUGGCGCUCGACUCCAACAUCCUGCCGGCCAAGUUCAUCUCCCUCGCCGAGCUGCUUCCCGACCACGCCCGCCUCGUCACCGACGGCCUCUACCGCGCCGUCGACAUCUUCCUCAAGGUGCACCCGAACAUCAAGGAGGCGGAGCGCUACCGGCUGUGCAAGGCGAUCGACUGCCAGCGGCUGACGCCGGACGCGUGCAGCCACGCGGCGCAGAACGAGCGGCUGCCGGUGCAGAUGGCCGUGCAGGUGCUCUACUUCGAGCAGCUCCGGCUGCGGAGCGCGAUCCAGGCCGGCGGCGGCGGCGGCAGCAUGGGCGGCGGGCCCGACGCGGCGCUCUUCUUCGGGUGCGCGGCAGCGGCGUCGCAGGGCGGCGGCGUGACGAACAUGCGGUCCGGCAGCGGCGUGGGCAGCGGCGCCAUGUCGCCGCGCGACAACUACGCGUCGGUGCGGCGCGAGAACCGGGAGCUGAAGCUGGAGGUGGUGCGCAUGCGGAUGCGGCUGACGGACCUGGAGAAGGACCACGUGAGCAUGAAGCGGGAGCUGGUGCGCGUCGGCCCCGCCAACCGCCUGCUCCGGGGCUUCGCGCGCAGCCUCACCAGGUUCUUCCGGAUGCGCCCCGCCGCCGAGCCCGGCCUGCACCAGCUCGGCGCCAAGGCCACCGCCGACGCCAAGGUGCUCUUCCAGCGCCGCCGCCGCCACUCCAUCUCGUGAUCCCGGACAGGAAGGGUGACACUACCAGAUUCACUGGCUUUGCCGAGUGCCGGUUACACUCGGCAAAGACCAGUUUGCACUUGACAAAUUUUUUGUCGAGACGGCAAAGCCUCCCACGGCAAAAGGAUCUUUGCCGAGAGCUUUGGCACUCGGCAAAGCAGC